UUAAUAUCAUAUGAGCAAAAUCAUCCAGAAUUUGUAAUAAAUAGGCCCACAGAGAAGACACUUCUUUAUAGUAAUGUUAAUAUUCAUCUGUUUCAGUAAAUUCUGUCAUAAUCUGGCCAAUUGAGAACAUUUCUGUGGAAAAUCAUCAAACGUAAAAUGGAGAACCACAAGCCCAAAACCAAAACAUACUUCUUUGAAUCUGUGCGAAAGGAAUGGGCUGCUGUUACAGCAGAUCAAUGUCAGAAGCUGGUGGAGAGCACGCCAAGAUGCAUGGCUGCAGUCUUCAAAAACAGUGGUUAUCUAAUCAAGUACUAACUCCUGUGUGGAUCAUGUCACUAACAGACAAAAAAGGAAAUAUGGAAUGCCUAAAAGCUGUUUUUGGUCGUGUAAUGUCAUAGCUAUUGAUGUAAGAACUGAAGUGAUUUUGGUUAUUAUCAAGAAAACCAUGAAGAAUAGCUAGAUAUCAGCUCAAAAAUUAAACUCUUAUGAACUAUUUUUGUUGGUAUCGUUAUAUUUGUCCAAUCAAAUGUACCAUUAAAUGGUACCAAACGUUGAAAUGAACAAGAAAUUGAAGAAAACAAGGGUGAUCUAAUAUUUUUUCCAUGACUGUACAUAUAUGCAUAUUUUUUAAGGAAAAUAUUUUUCCCCUCCCGUGUCACAUGACCCAGUGUUUUCCUCUGUUUCCCUGUUUUGAUCAUUAUUCCAUUAGUCCUAUUUUUCCAACAAUAAAAGGACCAAACAAGGAGGCAGUAACUCGGUGCUCAGGCAGCAGCAGCGGAGGGCGCUGUGCUGCGGCUCCUCUCCGCUGGUCUGCGGAUCAUGCUGCUCGGUGCUCGGCUUGGUUUCAUGGCCGCUCGGCUCUCAGGACUGUCCGUGUGUUGCAGGAGCUUGAGCGGCAGUAUUCCCCCAGCAGGUGGUCCCACAGGAUGUCUGCAGACGACGUGAUCAAAGCCCAUGUGAAGGCGCUGAAGGAAGGUACUGAACGAGCCCGAGAUCUGGCUCAGACUUUACUCAAUGUGCCAUAUGGGGAAGGAGAUGGUGAAAAACUGGACGUCUACAUACCCAAAACCAACACUUUGGACGUCCAUCUAGUUGUUUACCUCCAUGGAGGCUACUGGCAGUUCCUCAGCAAGGAGGAGUCUGGGUUCAUGGCCGUUCCUCUUAUUGAUAAAGGCGUAGUGGUGGUUGCCGUUGGUUACGACAUCGCGCCCAAAGGUAACAUGGACCUGAUGGUGUCACAAGUGCGCAGGAGUGUUGUGUCUGUGGUGCAGCAGUAUUCUCACAUCAGUGGUCUGUACCUGUGUGGACACUCUGCUGGGGCUCACCUGGCUGCCAUGGUUCUCUCCACUGAUUGGUCGCAGUAUAGCAUCACACCUCAGAUCAAAGGUGCUUUCCUUGUGAGUGGCAUAUAUGACCUCCAGCCCAUCCUGUCCACCUACGUCAAUGAACCCCUGAAGAUGACAGAGGAGGUGGCGGUGAGGAACAGCCCCAGCAAACUGGUCCCUCAGCUCAAACUCUCCUCCUCCAGCUGCCAGAUCGUUGUGGCUGUCGCUGAGCACGAUUCGCCGGAGUUUCGCAAGCAGUCUGAAGAAUACUAUAAAGUCGGCUUUGGAACAGUCAGGACUGAGUGUGACCAUGGAGGAUGUGGCGAAUACAGACCACUUCAAUAUCAUUGAGCAGUUGGUAGAUGGCGAAUAUCACCUAACAAAGCUUCUCCUGAAGAUGAUGGGGAAGAACUGACGUGUUUGAGUCCUUGUCUACAUACGUUUGUACCUCUGAACAGAGUCCUCGUGCACGAUACUGAUAAAAUAUGCAUUGUUUCAGGUUUGGACUACAGUAAAUGUACAACUCCUGUCCUUUUGAACAAAAAACAAGGUGGCGUGGGUUGUUUUGACCGUUUAGUUCACUGUUUCAGUAUUUUUAAUGAACUUUGUAGUUACUGUUGUCAAAAAAAGCCUAAAUAAAUGUUGUAUGUUCCAAUGACAUUAACACCUUUGUGCCCAAAACCUUGUCAAUUCAAGGAAUGAUGACUGUAGCAAAUUUUACUGCUCAUAUGUAGUUGUAAACAGAGCGCUUCAUCGUGCACGAUGUUUUGUCAGGAAACUCGGUUCAAUUCAAUGCUGAAUGUUGUAGAGUUGGUUGUUAGUUUUGGCAUAUUUCCACUGUUUUGUAAAUGGGUGGGGUUGUCUGGUGUGGGUUUUUUUUCCUGUGACAAUCUGCACCUCAAUUUAAGUCCAUGGUUUGGACAAGAAUAAGAAAUCAUGUCAAGAGUAGAGACAUAUCUUCUGCUAUCUGAAUGUAGCUUUUAAUUGUAACUUCCCCAAUGCGGAUAUCUCACCCAGGGAACUUUACUGUGAUGUUGGUAAAAGAUGAUAAUGAAAUUAUAUAUUUGCACUUUUAUUUGAGCCUAACUCUAGUAUUCAAAUAGAUAUCUUUUUAAACAGAAAAUGUAGCUAAGUUUUACUUGAUGCGCAUCAUUACUGGUUGCCUUUAAUAUAGGAUCUUGCAUAAUUGUUUACGUUAUUAUUUACUCCAUGUUCUAUUAAUCAUGAUUGUAGAUUAUAAAGAGAACACUCACAAUAAAAAUAUUUAUAUUUGAGAAAGGA